AAAAACAAAAUUGUGUAUUUCACUAUCUUAAUUACAUUAUUAAAUUACCAAAAAGUAGUAAACUAUUAAUUCUUAGCCAUGAAGAGGCAGAGAAAUGAAGAAGUAGAAAACAUAAAUUUGGCAAAUUGUCUAAUUCUACUAUCUCAUCCCAAAGAAAGCAAAUACAAGAAACAUUUUGGACCUACGGAAUUUGAGUGCAUCACAUGCAACCGCAAGUUCUCAUCCUUUCAGGCCCUUGGUGGCCAUAGAGCUAGUCACAAAAAGCCCAAACUAGAUACCACCGAACUUAAAGUACAGGCCCAAACCUUGAGUUUAUGGAAUAAGCCCAAAAUGCAUGGAUGCUACAUUUGUGGGAAGGAAUUCUCUGUGGGCCAGGCUUUGGGAGGACACAUGAGAAGGCAUAGAAUUGCCCUUAAUGAAGGGGUUUCUAAGAAAAAGAAGAUUGUUGGAGAAGUCCCAAUUUUGAAAAGAUCGAAUAGUAAGAAGGUUAUGUGUUUGGACUUGAACUUAACACCUUUGCAUAACGACUUGAAUUUGUUGUUUGGAAAUAUGCCACCUAAAGUUCAUACUUUGUUCAAUACUUAACUUCUAUUUUAAAUCGUUUACAUGUAAUUGAUUAGAUUAGUCAUGAUAUUUUGUUUUGUA